AUGGCGAACCCUGAUGACCCGGACUUCAACGUCUUUGUAAAUGAUCUAAUGAAUGCUUCUUUUUCGUCCGCAUAUGUUGAUAUGGAUAUAGAUGACAGUGACCGUGAGGACGCGCUAAUAUAUAACAAUCCUGGUGAAAGUGAAAGUGACGGAGAAGUCAGUCAACCCCCUCAACCUCUAGCACUGCCGCUGGAUUCACAACCACCUGUCACACCCCUUCAACCUCCAGCAUUGCCCGGCUCCACAACUGAUACCAGUCACACCACCUAUGAUGACCUUAUAAAUGAUAUAGGCCUAACAAAUACUUCCUUCUCGUCUAUAAUUGAUGUUAUGGAGAUAGAUAGUGACCGUAAGGACAUUUCUGUCACAUCACCGCCGGUUUCACUACCGACACCUGUGACACCGCUGCCGACUCCACUACCAACACCUGUGACACCGCUGCCGGCUCCACUACCAACAUCCGUGACACCGCUGCCGACUCCACUACCAACACCUGUGACACCGCUGCCGGCUCCACUACCAACAUCCGUGACACCGCUGCCGGCUCCACUACCAACACCUAUCACAGACCCUCAACCUCCAGCUAGGGCCAAGCGGUCUCGUGGUGUCAAACGAGCACCUGUGACACCACCGGCUCCACAACCGACACCUGUCACAACCCCUCAACCUCCAGCUCCGGCCAAGCGGUCUCGUCGUGUCACACGAACACCUGUUACACCGCCACCGGCUCCACAGGCCCAGCCUCCACCCGACUCUGCCGACCUGCCUACCGCACAACUCAGCGACUGGGUUGACGUCACUGAUAACGACCCUGGCCCUUCGCAUACCAUCCCGAUAUAUUCGGUAAGUGCUGGACCUGUACUUCCUGCCGCGUUCGAUAGCGAGUCAGAGCCCAUUGAUUAUUUCAAAUUGUUUUUCAACGAUAACAUAUUUGAUCUUAUUUGUACUGAAACAAACUUAUAUGCUAACAAGCGGAAAGCUCAGUGUAAUUCACCCCGUGGUAGAAUAAACACGUGGAAGGACAUCACCCCUGUUGAACUGAAAGCCUUUUUUGCAACUAUAAUAAAUAUGGGGUUGAUUCCACUACCGUCUAUUGAAUCCUACUACUCGACUACCUGGAUAGGGCGAAUACCUUUUUUCAGAGACGUGUUCAAUAGAGAUGAGUUCUUGAAUAUUUUCUGGAAUCUCCACUUCAAUCACAAGGAUACCAACAAUGCAGUGCCCAGGGGAUUUCUUGUUUCACCCAUAGUCGACCAUAUGAAAGAAAUGUGUAGGCUUUUUUAUAACCCCUCAGAACACAUUUCAGUCGACGAGAGCACCAUUUCCUUCAAAGGAAAAGUUAGUUUUAGGAUCUAUAACCCAAACAAACCAACCAAAUUCGGUUUGAAGAUCUUUGUUGUGUCCGAUAGCAAGAGUGGCUAUCUAUAUGAUUUUAUCCCAUAUUACGGAAAGGAGACACUAAUACCAGACACAACAUUGCUAAAAACAACACAGAUUGUAAAAGUAUUAGCCCAGUCUGUUGCUAUGAAAGACCCUGUUUCACCUGCUACUGGUCUCCACGUUUACACAGACAGAUAUUACACGAGUCCUGAAAUAGCAGAAGAGCUAUUAGGUAUGGGAUGUUUCCUUACAGGCACUGUAAUGCCAAACAGAGUUGGUUUACCACCAAGAUUGAAAGCUAUUGGUAAAGGCCUAAAAAAGGGGGAAAUUGUUUCCAAGCGAAAGGAAAAUACACUGGUACUUUCUUGGAAAGAUAAGCGCACUGUACACAUGCUAAGCACUUUUUCCAAGGGUAGCAAACAUAAUACGACGGAUGUCCCAAGCAAGUGGCCGAACAAGCCACCAACAGCAAAACCGCAUGUUAUCCUUGAUUACAUAAAACAUAUGGGAGGCGUUGAUCACACCGAUCACUUUAUUUCAUCUUACCAGUUUAUGCGCCGAACUAGAAAAUGGUAUAGAAAAAUGUUUUUCUGGCUUUUUGAGGUGGCUAUUGUGAACUCGUACAUUAUGUACAAAGACAUACAACAAAAGCACAACAAAAAUCCCAUGUCACAUAGGCAGUUCCGCACAUGCUUGGUGAAGUCCUUGGUAGAGGAAAAACUCGCUAAUCGUCCAAUAGCACGUAAAAGAGGCCGUCCAGUCUACGGGCCACCGAAUCAACGGUUAGAUGGAAACCCACAUUUUAUGGACAGAAAAGAAAAGGGAGCUAAUCGGUGUGUGGUGUGUUUCAAAAAUGGACGCCGCCGCGAGACAAUCUACUUCUGCAAGACUUGCGACUCCCGUCCGGCGCUUCACCCAGACACCUGUUUCGAGCAGUUCCACACGAUGGCUGAGUACUAGAACUUUAUAAUGUUUUUGUUGGACCCUAACAUUGUUUUUAGUGAUUUUUUAUGAACUUGGCAUUGUAUUCCUUUUUAUAAUAUUCUGUUUCAAAACUGUUUAGAAAUACUUUUUUUCAAUUUUCAAUUUUUGUACGUUUAUUUUUUUUU